AAGGGCAAGGGAUUUUGUUUGGAAUCCAAAAGCCUCUUCUUCCGCCUCCUUCCCGGUCUCCUCCUGCAGUCCUGCGGCGCUUCUCUUCUUCGGCAAAUCUUCUCGAUCUCCUCCUCCGUCCGUCCAGUAAUAUCAUCAUGAGUGAUCAACAACAAGAUACCAAGAAAAAAGGAGGAUAUGAGCAAUGGACAACCAAAGAAAGUGAUGUACUCUUAGAGCUCAUGGUAGAUGCCACUACUCGGGGAUGGCGUGAUAAUAGUGGUAUUUUUUCUAAGCAAAUAGUGGAAGAGCGGAUACUUCCUGAGCUGAAUAAAAGACUUGGGUGUAACAAGAACUAUCUCAAUUACCAAAGCAGAUUGAAAUGGUUUAAAAAUAAAUGGAACGCUUAUUCAGAGCUUAUGCGUUUUAGCUCUGGUUUUGGGUUUGACUCUACUACAAAGAUGUUCACUGCCACUGAUGAAGUAUGGGCGGAUUACUUCAAGGCUCAUCCAAAGCAUAGCAACAAAUUACGCUAUGGAAAAUUUCAGGAUUAUGAGGACUUGGAAAUCGCAAUUGGUAAUGGUGUAGCUGUUGGAAAAAACUCAAUUGAGUUAGGUAGUACAACCGAUGCAAGAACAUUAGGCGCGGAAGAAGGGAGAGAUGUGCAUAUAGAUGGCUUUGAUUAUGACUUGGAAAAUGAUGCAUUCAUAAGCCAACCUCAAAGUGACCCACCUUUUUCCUCCACAUCAACGCUCUUAUCUCCUAAAUGUCAUGAGAUUCCCAUGCAAAAAAUAACACAAACCAAAAGAAAUAGAAGUACAUAUGAAGGAAGUGGUGUCUUGGAAACGCUAGACGAAAUAUCUACAAGUUUCAAAAGAAUCUAUAGUCUGCUAGAGAAAAGAGAAAGAGAGAGAGAAUAUACAAUUUGGGAUGCCAUCAAGGAUACGCCGGGCUUAGAUGAGGAUACCCAGUUUAAGGCAAUUGAGUUGCUUGAUAACAAAGGAAAAAAAGAUGUCUUUUUGAAGAUGUCACCUGAAGAACGGUUAAAGUGGAUACACCACAAGAUGAGAGGAUAAAAUGAGAACAUAUAUUAGGAUGAAUGAAAGGAUUAUGUGACU